CCCUCUCGAGCCUGCAAGAUUCCCCAUAAAUACAGCUUUCUAUUUGCUAGUCACUCAACCUCAUCAUGCCAGACGAAAGGUUUCAAAGCACCAAUGCCUACACGGACCAUCACCAAAAUCCCGAAUCUGGGCCUUCUAUAAACCUCGACAGAGCUAGACAAAUCUCAUUCGCGCAGUCCACGGCUACUACAAUACCUCCCAUCUGGAUAUUGCUACUGUUACCGCUUCUCCCAAUCAUCCCGGUGCUUUUAAUUAUCCAGCUAGCCACAGCUGGUUCUGGCGAGGGAGGGAUCAGUAAAUUCCUUGUCGGAUUUGAGCUGGGGUUGUUAGCGGUCGGGGUGAUAGCAUUUUUGGCAAUACGGCGACUGCGACGAACGGACCUGCCGAUGGUAGAGCUAAAUACUAUGGAGCAAGAAAACGACCGAUCAUUAAGAUCAUUGCGACGCGGGAAUGAAGCUGUGCGUAUGCAACUAGCCAGGAGGGCAGAUUCAUAACAUGCACUGAGAAGGAAGUACUGCUUAUCACGCUGGUUUAACGCAUAGCAAAUCCUAUUCUGAUGAAAAUGUUUUUCUCGUCGGACUACUAUACGGGCGCCCCCCUCCCCCC